AUGGCAACAGCCCGAAAUACCGCAUUCCCCCUCCGCCGAGGCUCCGACGCCUCAGAAGAGGACUUUUUCGACAUCCCCGACGAAUCCUGGAUGUCACUAGUGAAACGCCAACUCCGCUACAUCCGCACCUGGGUCAUCUUCGCCCUCGCCCUGACCUACUUCCUCUGGCCAAAACGCAUCCCACCCCCUCCCCAGCCAAACCCGCACAUCCACUAUGACGAGGUCAAUUGGUCGCGCUUCGCGUACUCGACCUACGCGACCAGCGAGGCAUACCUGUGCAAUUGCGUGAUGGUCUUUGACUCGCUCAAGAAGCUCGGUUCCAAGGCUGAUCGUCUGCUAUUCUAUCCUGACGAGUGGGAUCUCGUCAUUGAAGACGAUGGCGAUCGCAUUAGCCAGUUGCUUAUGACCGCGAAGCAGAAGUAUGAUGUGCAGUUGGUGCCGGUGAAGGUGGAGGGGAUUAAGAAGAAUUCGGCGCAAUCCGCCUCCGCAGACUGGGACACCAGCUCCGCAAAACUCUACGCGUUCGGCGUCGUCCAAUACGACCGAAUUAUCCACCUUGACUCCGACAUGACCGUCCUCCAAUCAAUGGACGAACUCUUCUUCCUCCCGCGCACACCGGUCGCAAUGCCACGCGCCUACUGGCUAUUGCCUGAGCAAAAAAUCCUCAACUCGCAAAUCGUCGUAAUCGAACCCUCCUACGACGAAUUCAUGGCGCUCAAAGAAUCAACCCGCAACGCCGUGCACGGACAAAUGGACCUACGCCUCAAUGAGACGCGCUACGACAUGGAGAUUCUGAAUAACCGGUACGGCGACAGUGCGAUGGUCAUCCCGCAUCGUAGCUAUGGGCUUGUUACGGGCGAGUUUAGGAAGAAGGAUCAUAAGUAUUAUCUUGGUAGCGAGACGGAGCAGUGGAUUCCCGAUAAGAUUAUGCGUGAGGCCAAGUUUGUUCAUUUUUCGGAUUGGCCUCUCCCUAAACCUUGGGUUAUGUGGCCGCAGGAACAGCUGGCUGAGAUGCAGCCCAAGUGCGAUAAUAAUCCCGGCACGUUUGAGGAGAGUGGGUGUCGGGAUCGGGAGCUUUGGAAGGAGAUUUAUGAUCAUUUCCGGCGGAGGAGAAAGGAUGUCUGCAAGUUGCUGAGCUACCCUGCUCCGGUAUAG